AAGAGGACUGGUGCGUCAGUGUUUCAAACACAGAGAACACUGAAUUCACUGUCGUUGGAUUGACAUCUGGAGCAGAAUAUGUAUUUGUUGUCAAAUCCAUCAACAGGAUUGGUGUCAGUGAGCCAAGCCCUCCUACUGAUCCACAAGCAGCCGAGGACAGAGAAGAGGAACCACAGUUUAAUAUCAGCAAUGAGAUGCGAAAGACUCUUCUUGUAAAGGACGGCACUUCAUUCACCUUAACUGUGCCGUUCAGCGGCAAGCCUGUUCCUAACGUUAUGUGGGACAAGGCAGAUGUUGACCUGACAGCGAGGGCCAGUAUCCAUACCACUGAUACCGUCACGUCUAUCACAGUGGAACAAGCAACAAGAGAUGACUCUGGAAAAUAUACGGUGACUUUACAAAACGUUGCUGGAAAAGUCACAUGUACAUUAAACGUCAGGGUUCUUGACUCUCCUGGUCCACCGUGCCGUGUUGCGGUCAAGGAUGUUACCAAGAGCUCUGCAACAGUUGCCUGGGAUACCCCAGAAAACGAAGGUGGUGCUGCUGUCACCAACUACCUUGUUGAUAUUCGUGAGGUGAGCAACAAGGGAUGGACCAGAGUCACAGAUUCAUGUCCUCGUCUGACCUACAGAGUGUCAGAUCUACAAGAGGGAGGAGUGUACUACUUCAGAGUCACUGGUGAAAACCAGUACGGAGUCGGCUUGCCGGCUGAGACCAAAUAUGGAACAAAUAUUACAAACAAGAGUGACCCGAAGCCACUGGCCAAGCCAGUAAAGGACGACACAAUGGAACCCAUCAUAGAUCUGAUAUGCAACUCAUUCAGUGUCAAGGCAGGAUACGAUCUGAAGAUUGAUGUUCCGUUCAAGGGCAGACCUGAACCUGAGGUUUCAUGGAAGAAAGAUGGUGUUGAAUUGAAGGAGACAACCAGGGUUAGCUUUCUGACAUCUAAUAACUCAUCAAAAAUCACUGUCAGAAACACAACCAGGGAGGAAUCGGGGAACUAUGAGAUCACCUUAACCAACACAGUUGGUAGAAAAUCAACCAUAAUAGCUGUUACCAUCUUGGAUAAACCUGGCCCACCUGGUGCAAUCAAAGUAGAUGAAGUCUACGCUGACUAUAUUUCACUGUCUUGGGAUGCCCCACUCUACGAUGGAGGAUGUCCAAUCAGCAACUACUUAGUAGAGAAGAGAGAUAUUAUCACUACAACAUGGAAGACUGUUUCAGCCACAGUUGCCAGAACGUCUAUUAAAGUUCCUCGUUUGACACAAGGCACUGAAUAUCAGUUCCGAAUUGCAGCUGAAAACCGCUACGGCAUGAGCCAUGCUGUGGAGUCCGCUUCAGUUGUUGCACAGUACCCCUUCGAGACACCUGGCCCUCCCACUACCCUCCAUGUUGCCCAAGCUACAAAGUCCUUCAUGUUGGUUACAUGGAAUGAACCAGCCAGUGACGGUGGAAGUCCAAUCAUCGGUUAUCACCUGGAAAUGAAGGACUAUAGCAGUAUUCGCUGGACGAAGACUAACAGAGGACGUCUCAUUGCUGAAACAGAAUUUAAAGUGAAUGGCGUUGAAGAAAGCUUACAGUAUGAAUUCCGUGUUUCUGCUGAGAAUAUUGCUGGCAUUGGACCGUACAGCAAAGCCACUGAGCCAAUAGCUGCAAGAGAUCCAUGUGAUCCUCCUGCUAACCUCACAGUCACGGACAUCACAAGAACUUCAAUUUCUCUUACUUGGUCCAAGCCAGAGAAUGACGGUGGAGCCAAGGUGACUGGCUACAUUGUCGAACGCAGGGAACUUCCAGAUGGUUGUUGGCUGAAGUGCAAUUUCACCAAUCUCCAGGAAACCUGCUAUGACAUCGAAGGCCUUACGGAGGACAUUCAAUAUGACUUCCGUGUUAUUGCAAAGAACUCUGCUGCAGUACUCAGUGAGCCAUCACAAUGUACAGGUGCCAUCACAGUCAAGGAUAACGUUGUUCUACCUUGCAUUGUCUUGGAUAACAAGUAUAAGAAAUUAGUCAUUGUCAAAGCUGGAGAUGUUUUGAGAAUCGAUGCAGAUGUUUCUGGGUGCCCACGUCCAGUCAUUUCAUGGUCAAAGGAUGGUCAAAGUAUUGAGACCAAGGCAAGAAUAGAGAUCACUUCAACACACACUACCACCACAUUACUAGUCAGAGACACUAUCCGAAGAGACUCGGGUCAGUACACUGUAACAGUGCAGAACAUUGCUGGUACAAGGUCCCUGUCUGUAAACUGUAAGGUUCUGGACCGCCCUGGACCAUCCUCUGGGCCGUUGGAUAUCACUGGUCUGACCGCAGAGAAAUGCACUUUGACCUGGAGACCACCUCAAGAAAACGGUGGUGCAGAAAUUCUGCGCUAUAUAGUUGAGAAAUGUGAAACCAGCCGUGUCACCUGGACUUCGGUACAUGAAGACGUGAAGGCGACAACAUGCAAGGUCACCAGUCUGCGUAAAGGAAACGAAUACAUCUUCCGAGUAAAGGCAGUGAAUGAAUAUGGAGAAGGAGAAACCUUGGAGAGUGAGCCAACCAAGGCCACCGAUCCAUUCACUGUCCCUGCUGCACCAACAGAUGUUGAAAUCACCAGCAUAUCAAGUGAGACAAUGACAAUCUGCUGGAAAAGACCUGAGUCCGACGGAGGAAGCAGCAUUUCUGGCUAUGUUAUUGAGAAACGAGAGAAAUCUGGAUUGCGCUGGGUACAGGUGAACACGAAGCCUGUGAAUGACCUUAGGGUCAAGGCAUCCAAUCUCUGUGAGGGAUGUGAGUAUGAGUACAGAGUCUAUGCAGAAAAUGUUGCAGGCUUGAGUCCCCCAAGUAUUCCUUGCAAACUGACAAAAGCGGAGGAUCCACAAUUCCUGCCAUCCGCACCAGCUAAACCCAAAGUCAUUGACUCAACCAAGACUUCUGUAACUCUUUCAUGGAAUAAGCCGUUGUUCGAUGGGGGAGCUGCUGUAACAGGAUACUGUGUUGAGUAUAAGAGAACGGAUGAAGAGGACUGGUGUGUCAGUGUUUCAAACACAGAGAACACUGAAUUCACUGUCGUUGGAUUGACAUCUGGAGCAGAAUAUGUAUUUGUUGUCAAAUCCAUCAACAGGAUUGGUGUCAGUGAGCCAAGCCCUCCUACUGAUCCACAAGCAGCUGAGGACAGAGAAGAGGAACCACAGUUUAAUAUCAGCAAUGAGAUGCGAAAGACUCUUCUUGUAAAGGACGGCACUUCGUUCACCUUAACUGUGCCGUUCAGCGGCAAGCCUGUUCCUAACGUUAUGUGGGACAAGGCAGAUGUUGACCUGACAGCGAGGGCCAGUAUCCAUACCACUGAUACCGUCACGUCUAUCACAGUGGAACAAGCAACAAGAGAUGACUCUGGAAAAUAUACGGUGACUUUACAAAACGUUGCUGGAAAAGUCACAUGUACAUUAAACGUCAGGGUUCUUGACUCUCCUGGUCCACCGUGCCGUGUUGCGGUCAAGGAUGUUACCAAGAGCUCUGCAACAGUUGCCUGGGAUACCCCAGAAAACGAAGGCGGUGCUGCUGUCACCAACUACCUUGUUGAUAUUCGUGAGGUGAGCAACAAGGGAUGGACCAGAGUCACAGAUUCAUGUCCUCGUCUGACCUACAGAGUGUCAGAUCUACAAGAGGGAGGAGUGUACUACUUCAGAGUCACUGGUGAAAACCAGUAUGGAAUCGGCUUGCCGGCUGAGACCAAAUAUGGAGCAAUGAUUACAGAAAAACCCAGCCCACCACAAACCAUCGAAGUCACCGAGAUCACCAAGGAAAGUGUGUCCCUGUCAUGGAUCAAGCCUGAGAAUGACGGAGGUAGCAGAAUCACCAGUUAUCGAGUCGAUGCUCUCGAGAACGGUCAGGAUAAAUGGGUGAAGUGUGGCGUCACCAAGACCGUCCACUUUGUGGUGUACGACCUGAAGGAAGCUACUCAAUACUUUUUCAGAGUUCGUGCUGAAAACCACGCUGGAUUCAGUGACCCUACAGAAAUGGCUCUCCCUGUGUUAGUUAAAGGGCAACUUGAACCUCCUGAGAUGAACAUGAACAAGUUCCCUGACAAUAUAGUUUACGUCCGAGCGGGAUCAAACCUGAAAUGCCAGAUCCCACUUACUGGGAAACCUGCGCCAAAGAUAUCUCUUUCGAAGGACGACGUGGUGUUGAAGUCAACGAUGAGAUUCAACUCUGAAGUAACUCCUGAAUAUCUGAUCAUCAGUCUUCGUGAGAGCGCUGCUACUGAUUCAGGAAGGUACGACAUAUGUGCCUCCAACACCAGCGGAGCCUCCAGGUCUUUUGUGACCAUUGUGGUCCUGGAUAGACCCGGCGCCCCAGUUGGUCCAAUUGGAAUGUCUGAGGUGACAGAGGACAGUGUGAGUCUGACGUGGCUUCCUCCUCGUUAUGACGGCGGAAGCCCCGUCACAAACUACAUAAUAAUGAAACGAGAAACGACAAACGCCGACUGGACUGAAGUCUCCUCGGUCGUUGUGAAAUGCGCGAUGAAAAUCAUGAAGCUCAUAACAGGACUGGUGUACCAGUUCAGAAUCAGGGCUGAAAAUCGCUAUGGCAUCAGUGAGUACGUCGACUCUGCAACCGUCAAAGUGGAUCUCAACUACACCGUCCCCGAAUCUCCGUCACCCCCUAUCGUUACGUCUGUAACCAGAGAAAGCAUCGCCGUCGCCUGGACGGAGCCGGACUGGAAUGGAGGAAGACCACUAAUUGGAUAUCACCUUCAGAUGAAGGACAAGAACAGCAUCCUGUGGCAGACGGUCAACAAAACCGUUAUCCGUGCCACACACUUCAAAGUGACAAACGUCAUCAUUGCUGGUCUCAUCUACGAGUUCAAGGUAGCAGCAGAAAACUCAGCUGGAUGCAGUCCCCUUAGCAAGAUCUCAGACGCUGUCCUGGCAAUUGAUGCUUGUGAGCCUCCAACCAACGUCCGGAUCACCCACAUCAGAAAGACUUCCAUCAGACUGGAAUGGCUGAAGCCUUCAUACGAUGGUGGAAGCAAGGUCACAGGAUACCUGAUUGAGAAGAAAGAGGGCGAAAGAGACAGGUGGACCAAGGCCAACUUAACCAACGUUUCUGACACACACUAUACGGUGACAGACCUGGACGAGUGUGCGGUUUAUGAAUUCAGAGUCGUGGCCAAGAACGCAGCCGGGUCAGUCAGCGAUCCGUCCGCCACUGCCGGCCCGGCGAUGUGCGUGGACACGGACGCUUACGAAGAAGAUUAGAUGGGUUUUAUUUUUGAGAUAGUUGAUUUUGUUUUAAUUGUCAGAUGCUAUGCUAGUAUUGUUGUGAAAGUGGUGGAAGUUGUUAAAAUUGCAGUUGUUUUUUUCUUGAUGUGAAAUUGAUGUGGUUACUGAAAUAGCUAUAUAUUUUGAUUGGUAGAAGAUAUUUCUGUUUUGAUAGCUGAUUUUAAUAGCAGAGUAGGUUUGAUAUGCUCCUAUAAUUGUCUUGACUUGUUGGUGUCAAAAUAGUUGAUUUGUGUGUGAAAUCACAGUGUUUACAGUGGAUAGAAGGUUGGGUGUCAUCGCUUGUUUAUUCAUGUUUUUUGGAGUUUUAGAACGUUGAAGAAAUCCCAUGAAAACAUAUUGAUCAGCCCGUGUGGACUGUUUGCACAUUUUUACAUUUGAUUGGUGUUGAUAGCUUUAACGGUUUAAGAGAAGAAAUCAAAAAGGCAGAAGUGUGUGUGUGUCAGAUAACGGUAGUGGUGUUACCUCUACUCUCUCGGCAGGUAGCCUAGUGGUUAGAGUGGAGGGGAGGCAGGUAGCCUAGUGGUUAGAGUGGAGGGGUGGUAGGUAGCCUAGUGGUUAGAGUGG